CCCCGGCCCGCGCCCCCGGCCGCGCCCCCGGCCCGCCAUGGGCGCCUCGGCCCGCAGCCCGCGGCUGGCGCUCGGCCUGCUGCUGCUGGGCACGCUGCUCCGCCCCGCCGCCGCCUGCAGCUGCUCCCCCGUGCACCCGCAACAGGCGUUUUGCAAUGCAGAUGUAGUGAUCCGGGCCAAGGUGGUCAGCGGGAAGGAGGUGGACUCCGGGAAUGACAUCUACGGCAACCCCAUCAAGAGGACCCAGUACGAGAUCAAGCAGAUCAAGAUGUUCAAAGGCCCCGACGAGGACAUCGAGUUCAUCUACACGGCGCCCUCGUCGUCGGUCUGCGGGGUGCAGCUGGACGUCGGCGGGAAGAGGGAGUACCUCAUCGCAGGGAAGGCCGAGGGGAACGGCAAGAUGCACGUCACUCUCUGUGACUUCAUUGUGCCCUGGGACACCCUGAGCACCACCCAGAAGAAGAGCCUGAACCACAGGUACCAGAUGGGCUGUGAGUGCAAGAUCACACGCUGCCCCAUGAUCCCAUGCUACAUCGCGUCCCCGGACGAGUGCCUCUGGAUGGACUGGGUCACGGAGAAGAACAUCAACGGGCGCCAGGCCAAGUCCUUCGCCUGCAUCAAGAGGAGCGAUGGCUCCUGCGCGUGGUACCGCGGCGCGGCGCCCCCCAAGAAGGAGUUUUUCGACAUCGAGGACCCAUAGGCAGGCCGGAGCCCCCUCUGGCCACGGGACGCCUCCGAGUGUAGACAGGUCCAGCUCUGACAUCCCUUCUGGAAACAGCAUGAAUAAAACAGUCAUCCAAGUGGGUCUAAAUCAGUGUGGUUCUCCCCGGCCCCCCUCGGCCACGGCCGGGUCUGAGGGACGGCGGGCCGGCCCCCCCCCCAACUCCCGCCGGUCUGGCCUCGGCCCCCCGGGGCACGGGGCACGGACCCUCGGGUGUCCUCGGUGUUGUCCGAGGGCGGUGUCCCUCAGGGCCCGUCUCCCAGCCGCGCCAGCCGGAGCCUGGACGCGUGUUUGUGCAGACACCGCCGAGGGCGUGGCGAGACUGCGUAGCGGGUCUACGAGGUCCCUUUCAUCUCGAGAGACGCGUCCCUCGUCCCUGCAGCUUUCACGCCUCCAGCCCGGGGGUUUGUCCCUGCCCCCUCGCCCCCCACACCCAUGCUCACGGCGAGGGGCUUCAGCCCGGGGGCGGCCUGCUGAGCGCCCCCCACCCCCUCCUGGUGGCGGUCCCGCACCUGUCCUGCCUGCGAGUGGGCACGGGGGCCGGUGACAAGCCCUUACUCCUGCCGGGCCUCUGGGCACCGCUCCUGCGUCCUUGGGCAUCUGGACAGCAGAUUUGGCGACUGUGUCCCCCCCAGACCCCGGUGACCCCCCAGCAUCGUGCCGGGAGGGUGCCGUGUAAGAGGCGCCUGGCUCUCGCAGAGACAAACUCCCCGGUCACGCACUCAGCCACGCGGGCAUCGCUUCUCCCGCAUCGCCCUCGAGCCGCACGGGGAGCCUGCCGGACCCCGUCAGUUUCCUGAGGGCAGGGAGGGUGGGGCAGGCAGAAACGCCCACAUCCUCUCCCACCCUGUCCAUGCCCCAGCAGUGACCUCCGGCACUCGCAGCCCUGGGCGCCCCGGAGCGCUGUCCAGUGGCCAGCUUCCAGAGCCCUGUGGCCCCCAACGCACCAGACCCUGACCCCUCGUGGGCACCAGCCCAGGGCUGCCUGGACACCCACCCCGUAAGGUCCUGAGGGGCCAGCCCCAGACGUCAUAUCUGCCCUGCCAGGGGUGCCAUCGCCCGUGCCCACCCCGUCCGCGCUGUUUCUGCCCAUUUCUCGUCCCGGUUUGUUUCUACCCGGUGGUGAUCGUGCCUGUGCUGUUUGGUUCCUGCUGGUAGGCAGUCGGCCAGAACUUCUGUGUUUUAGAAGAUUUUGUUUGGGGGGCAGCCUGGCUUCCGGGGCCCCCUGCCUUCUGGUCACCCACCUCUUUGUUUUCUGGUUCAAGUUGUUACCAAGUAAAGGAUCUUUCUUUGAGUAGGUAGGUUUGCAAAGACGGUCUUGGCAUGUAUUAAAAUCCCUGCACGGCGGCCUGGCCACGCGAAGGGGGAGGGGGAGUGUGGAGACGAGCCCGCCGCGCCCCGCGACCAGGGGCCACGGGGGACCGUGCGUCGGGCGUGGUUUAAUUUAUGUUAUAUUCUUAACACUGCUCCUUCCCCCACCCCCUGCCUAGUCUUCAUGCAAGCAACUCCAAAUAUUUAAAAUAAAGUUUACGUGGUACAGUUAUUGUCAAUCUUGGCUCAGUGAAGUGUUAAGAGAUGUAGGAUUUGCUGCCAUGAUUUGAAGCUGUCGGUCUUGUUUCAUUUGGAUAUCGCUGUAUUUUUCUCCUGAGGCUUUGGGGAAAGUGUUUUUGCUGGGAUCUGAAGUCUGGGACGGUCUGUGCUGGGGACCGGAGACGCGCGUCUCCGACACUCUGUAUCAUUCUCGGUGAUGUUCAGUCAAUGCACAAUAAACAAUAGGGUCGAAGUGAA